GUCAUUUGUGUUUGGUAGAGUAGGCGGGCUAUCAAAAGACUGUUAAUUUCACAUUCAGGAAUGAUUUCAUAAACACUGGGCUAAUUGCUGAGAUAACGAUUACUUUUCAAAUUUAUAGUGUAGUAAUAUAUUUGAACGAAUGGUGGACUUAUCUCAAGUCACUGUUGGUGUUUGUUAAGCCUUACGGUGGUGGUCCUGCUAGCUAGCCUGCUGGUCCAAGGUAUUAGCCAGCCCUCGAUAGGCACUAACCUGUUCAUAAGUCAACUAAUAAGUGAAUUAAAGUCUACGUCUGAACCUUUGCGAUGGCAAGUGGAGCCAAUGCAAACAUGACUGCUGUUCGGGAGACAAUGGACGUGUUGUUGGAAAUCUCCAGAUUGCUGAACACGGGCUUGGAUAUGGAGUCGCUAUCGAUCUGCGUGCGGUUGUGUGAACAAGGCAUCAAUCCGGAAGCCUUGUCUUUAGUCAUAAAGGAACUGCGCAAAGCAUCCGACUCAUUGAAGGCUUCUGACAACUCCACUAGCUGAAAAGGCAUCAGAUCCCGUUCCAGUCCAGUACUCCAGUGCAAAACAUUUCUCAAUGUGUUGUCAUGGGCCUUGUGUGCCCACUACAAAGGCCUAUCCCUGUCUAUGCCCAGUCCAUUUCUUUGUUUGUAAUUACACGGGACACGUUACACAUUUGUAUUGCCAUGGUUCAUAGCAUCACCCAAUGUAAAGAGCCUUACAACCUCAGUCUCUGCCCAAAAAUCUAACAACUAUGUUUUUGAUGUAUUUUUACAUAAAUUAUAACCCCCAUUUUGCGUCUGGAAUUGUGUGCAGAGAAAAUGUCUUGCACCUAGUAAGCAAAAUAUUUUUUGGUUUGUUUCCUUGUUGUUUUAUUUUUUUUCAUCCUUUAUACAUUUGUAGUGAAUUGUUAUUUUUAUUUUCAUGUAAACUUACAUGACAAUAAACCGUCACUAGAUGGCA